ACACCACAUCGUCGUUACGUGACCUUCUGCAAUCACUUCCGGGUCAGCACUGUACGGGAGAGGUUUACUCACUAUUGAUAUUUCCAGGAGCAGAAGUUUUUCUAAAGGACAGGACAACAGAAAUACUCUAAGCAAGAUUAUGAAGAAAUCUUUUAAUAAAGAGAUCAAUGAUUCUAACUCUCCAAACUCAAGCAAUCUCUCAGAAUCCUGUAUGUCUACAAUGGAGAUCGUAAACAAAAACCCAAAACCUUUUUGGCAGUCAGAAAUUGUAAUACAUCAGAGAACUCACACGGGAGAAAAACUGUUCUCAUGUUCUGAAUGUGAGAAAUGUUUUAGGUGUAACUCAGCUCUAGUUGCACAUCAGAGAACUCACACAGGAGAGAAACCUUUUUCAUGUUCUGAAUGUGAGAAAUGUUUUAGGUGUAACUCAGCUCUAGUUAGACAUCAGAGAACUCACACAGGAGAGAAACCUUUUUCAUGUUCUGAAUGUGGGAAAUGUUUUAAUUGUAACUCAAAUCUAACUAAACAUCAGAAAACUCACACAGGAGAGAAGCCUUUCUCAUGUUCUGAGUGUGGAAAAUGUUGUAUCAAUUCCUCAGAUCUAGCUAAACAUCAGAGAACUCACACAGGAGAAAAACCUUUUUCAUGUUCUGAAUGUGGAAAAUGUUUUAGCCAUGCCUCAGCUCUAGUUGCACAUCAGAGAACUCACACAGGAGAGAAACCUUUCUCAUGUUCUGAAUGUGAGAAAUGUUUUAGUCUUAACUCAACUCUAGUUGCACAUCAGAGAACUCACACAGGAGAAAAACCUUUUUCAUGUUCUGAAUGUGGAAAACGUUUUAACCAUGCCUCAGCUCUAGUUGCACAUCAGAGAACUCACACAGGAGAGAAACCUUUCUCAUGUUCUGAAUGUGGAAAAAAUUUUCUCCGGCAGUCAGAACUUGUAAAACAUCAGAGAACUCACUCAGGAGAGAAAUCUUUCUCAUGUGCUGAAUGUGGGAAAUGUUUUAACAGACAUGAACACCUUGUUUUACACCAGAGAACUCACACAGGAGAGAAACCUUAUUCUUGUUCUGAAUGUGGGAAAUGUUUUAGCGAUAGCUCAGCUCUAGUUAAACAUCGGAGAACUCACACAGGAGAAAAACCUUUCUCAUGUUCUAAAUGUGGGAAAUAUUUUAGUGCACGCUCAAAUCUUGUUUCACAUCAGAGAACUCACACAGGAGAGAAACCUUUCUCAUGUUCGGAAUGUGGGAAAUGUUUUAGCGCGCGCUCAAGUCUUGUUUCACAUCAGAGAACUCACACCGGAGAGAAACCUUUUUCAUGUUCUGAAUGUGAGAAAUGUUUUAACUGUAGCUCAGCUCUAGUUGCACAUCAGAGAACUCACACAGGAGAGAAAAUGUUCUCAUGUUCUGAAUGUGGAAAAUGUUUUAGCUGUAGCUCAGCUCUAGUUGCACAUCAGAGAACUCACACAGGGAAGAAAAUGUUCUCAUGUUCUGAAUGUGGAAAAUGUUUUAGCUGUAGCUCAGCUCUAGUUGCACAUAAGAGAACUCACACAGGAGAGAAACCUUUUUCAUGUUCUGAAUGUGAGAAAUGUUUUAGCUGUAGCUCAGUUCUAGUUGCACAUCAGAGAACUCACACAGGAGAGAAACCUUUCUCAUGUUCUGAAUGUGGAAAAUGUUUUAGCCAUUCAUCAGCUGUAGCUAAGCAUCGGAGAACUCACACAGGAGAGAAACCUUUCUCAUGUUCUGAAUGUGGGAAAUGUUUUAGCCUUAACUCAUCUCUAGUUACACACCAGAGAACUCACACAGGAGAAAAACCUUUCUCAUGUUCUGAAUGUGGGAAAUGUUUUAGUUGUAGCUCAGCUCUAGUUGCACAUCAGAGAACUCACACAGGAGAGAAAAUGUUCUCAUGUUCUGAAUGUGGAAAAUGUUUUAGCUGUAGCUCAGCUCUAGUUACACAUCAGAGAACUCACACAGGAGAGAAAAUGUUCUCAUGUUCUGAAUGUGGAAAAUGUUUUAGCUUUAGCUCAGCUCUAGUUACACAUCAGAGAACUCACACAGGAGAGAAACCUUUCUCAUGUUCUGAAUGUGGGAAAUGUUUUAGCACGCACUCAAAUCUUGUUUCACAUCAGAGAACUCACACAGGAGAGAAACCUUUCUCAUGUUCUGAAUGUGGAAAAUGUUUUAACCAUUCAUCAGCUGUAGCUAAGCAUCGGAGAACUCACACAGAAGAGAAACCUUUCUCAUGUUCUGAAUGUGGGAAAUGUUUUAGCGUUAACUCAUCUUUAGUUACACACCAGAGAACUCACACAGGAGAAAAACCUUUCUCAUGUUCUGAAUGUGGGAAAUGUUUUAACAGGCAUGCAAACCUUGUUUCACACCAGAGAACUCACACAGGAGAGAAACCUUAUUCUUGUUCUGAAUGUGAGAAAUGUUUUAGCGAGAGCUCAUCUCUAGUUAAACAUCAGAGAACUCACACAGGAGAGAAACCUUUCUCAUGUUCUAAAUGUGGGAAAUGUUUUGGGCGGCAUUCACAUCUUGUCAGUCAUCAGAGAACUCACACAGGAGAGAAACCUUUCUCAUGUUCUAAAUGUGGGAAAUGUUUUAGUGGGCACUCAAAUCUUAAAACACAUCAGAAAAUCCACGCUGGUGAGAAUCCUUUCUCAUGUACAGAAUGGAAAAAUAGUUUUGUCAGUAAACCAGAUUUUGUUAAACAUCAGAUAACUCACACGGUAGAGUUUUUAUAAUGUGUUUAUGAAUUAACAUGGGAAUGAAACAUCUAAUACUGUGAAUUGUUCUCAU